AUGAGAUCCACCAGAGUUUCUCUUCUCUUGGUGUUUCUUUUCGUCUCUCGUUCUGAAACGGACCCAAUCCAACAACGCACCUCCACGGUCAUCAGCCCAUACCCUACAACCCCUACAGCGCCUGAGAUAGAUGAAUUUCUGGGUCCAGAUGAGUGUCUUGAAAAGAAGUUAACUCGUGCAUCAUGUGACCUGGUGUUUUGUCCUCCAUGGGAACGUUGCAUUAAUGGACAAUGCUCCUGCAAACCGCCCUAUCUGUGCCCCACUGAGAAUGUCCAUCCAGUUUGUGGAAGGAACAGUAGGAACUACCGCUCCUACUGCCAGGUGAUGGCUGUCUCAUGUCGGACCAAGAAACCUACCAUGUCCCACUUUGGGGAAAAUUGCGAGGCUCAAGGGUUCCGCAGUUCAAUAGAGUCAGACGUAGGAGUGGUCUGGCUCUUUGUUCCUGACACUAAAGGUGGGGAGGAUUUACUGGUGUUUGAAACACAGUGGGACAUGGCAGCUGCUAAUGUGGCCUGCAAGGAGCACGGGAACAAACUUGGUGCAAUGUCUGUGGGUUCCAUGCCAUACAUCGACUUUGUGGUCAAUUACCAAUCUAAGGAGGUCCCAUACAGUUGUGUUACCAUCCGCUGCCAAGGUUUUGAGAAUUCUCUGGCUGAAUGUGUGAUCAGCAGCAAGAUACAAUGUGACACAAUGAAGGUCGCUACUGUAACGUGUUAUGAUGAAUCACAAGCAUCAAAAGAAGCGCGUAACUUCAUGUGUGCUAAUGGCAAGCGUGUGUUUCAGAACCAGACGUGUGACGGAGUUGACCACUGUGGCGACCGCAGUGAUGAGAUGUGCUGCAAAAAUUGCAGGGAUGGUGGUUUCCGCUGCAAAACAGGGGUGUGUGUGCAUAAAGAUGCAGUUGGUGACGGACAGAUGGACUGUCUGGAUGGCGACGAUGAAUCAAAGAAACACAUCCCUUCUACAGGCAAGAGAUACAUACAUACUGUCACACAGACAUUUUUAAAACAGUUACCCAAACCUUCAGAUUAUAUCUCUCCCAAAGAAGAAAUAAAGGCUAGCAGAGCGCAACUGGAGUCAAAGUUGUACUGUGGGAUUCCCAACGCGGCCACCGUGGACGAUGAAGUAGUGGAGGAGCGACGCAGCUCUGGCCGAUUCAAGAGAGUGGUGGGAGGAGUCCCAGCCAAACCGACUCAGAUCCAGUGGCAGAUUGCUCUGGAGGAAAACAAAAAGAUUGACUGUGGAGGAGCUUAUAUUGGAGGAUGCUGGGUCCUCACUGCUGCUCACUGUGUCAGGCCCAACCCUUCCGCAUUCAUGGUGAAGUUUUCUCUCUGGAAGAAGUCUAAAGCUCAAAACACGACUGACAUUGUUCCUGUUGCACAGAUUCACAUCCACCCAAGGUACAACGCCAGCAACUAUGAGAACGACAUUGCUCUGGUGGAGCUGAAGAAGCUUCCGUUCAGGGACGAAUGUGUGUUGGACAAUCCGGCCAUCAGCGCUGUCUGUGUUCCCUGGUCCUCCCAACUCUUUCAACCAAACCACACCUGCAGCAUCUCUGGAUGGGGACGAAACAGAGAGGGAAAAGCAGCUCGGGUGUUGCUCUGGGCCAAUGUAUCCCUCGUGGAUCAAUGUCAGAAGUACUACAAAGAUCGCUUCAAACCGGGCAUGAUGUGCGCAGGUGAUCUGGCUGGCAGUGUGGACUCCUGUCAGGGGGACAGCGGAGGUCCUCUGGUGUGUGAGGAUGAACUCGGUGUUUCUUACCUGUGGGGCAUCGUCAGCUGGGGAGAGAGGUGUGGCCAGCCAGGAUUCCCUGGAGUUUAUACACAGGUUGCUCAAUACUUUGAGUGGAUCAGACUUCAUACAGGUUGGCCUGCCGUGACCAGGUUCAACUCCUGAUGAGCUGACCACACACACACACACACACACGCACAUUUGUACUUAUUCAUACUCAACUAAUCAAAGUUGUGUAUUGAUUAAAGUAGGAUUUCCCUGACAUUUCACCUUUACUACGGCUGUGUGAUGACGGAC